CAGUUUAAUUUUUUCGUGACAAUCAGUACAAUGAGGUGGAAACAAAUUGGAUUAAUUUUUGUGCUAAUCUUAUCAGUGGUCAGGACAGCACCUGUUCCAUUAGCUGAUGAAGAAGACGAUCCAUUAAGACUGCCAAAGACCUCAAUUCCUUUGUAUUAUGAUAUAACACUUAUAACAAAUGUGGAUACGGGUGCUCGUGCCUUUACUGGAUUCGUGAAAAUCGAUAUAGAAAUUAAAGAAAACACUAAUUCAAUUACAUUACAUAACAAUCAACUUACAAUUGAUAGCCUUAAAUUGAGUAACACUAAUGAUAAAAGGGAAAUCGCAACCACGCAUUCAUUAGAAGCUUCAAAAAGUUUUCUUCACAUUCAAUCAACUGACAGAAUUCUGAUGGCUGGUGAAUUGCUUACCAUUGAGAUCUUGUUCAAAGGAAAUUUACAGUUGAGCAUGAAUGGUUUUUAUAGAUCGUCGUACAGAGUAGGAAGUGAGACAAGGUAUUUGGCAACAACACAAUUUCAAAGAACAGGAGCACGCUUAGCUUUUGUAUGUUAUGAUGAACCUGAAUUCAAAGCUUAUUUCAAGUUAACGAUAGUGCAUUCGGCAUCAUAUUCGGCCAUAUCAAACAUGGAAGGCACCACAAGUGGAGGAUCAACUUCAUUCAAUGUAACCCCGAAGAUGUCUUCAUACCUUUUGGCUUUUAUCAUCUCUGAUUUUGAUUACUCAAGCACACCAAUUGUGAAUGGUGAAACGUUCCACAGAAUUUAUGCAAGAAAGGAAGAGAUUGAAAGAACAAAAUUCGCCUUGGAUAGUUCUGUGAAAUUUUUGAAACAAUUGGAAAACUUUGUUAAUUAUGAAUAUGAACUUCCCAAGAUGUGGUCGGCUGCUGUUCCAGAUUUUGCAGCAGGUGCAAUGGAGAAUUGGGGUUUGAUAACAUACAAGGAACAAUAUUUAAUUGUUGAAGAAGAUUCACAUCCGAGAGAAUAUUUCGAUAGCUUGCGAGUGAUUGCUCAUGAACUUGGCCAUCAGUUCUUUGGCAACUUAGUAACAUGUAAAUAUUGGGACACCAUUUGGUUAAACGAAGGUUUUGCAACAGUUUAUGAGUAUCUGUUAGUUGAGAAGGAAUAUCCUGAAUUAAGAAUGCGUGACAUGUUUGGAGUUUAUAAAGUUCAAAGUGCUUUCCGUACUGAUGCAUUGCAAGCCACACAUCCUAUGACAUUUUAUGGAAGCUCACAAACUUUAAUUAUUUACGACAAAGCUGGAAGUGUCAUUCGAAUGUUCCAAUACGCUGUCGGUGAAGAAAUUUUCAGAGACGCGUUAAAUGUGUACUUGACUGAUAAUAAUCAUGAACCUGUAACAUCAGACGAAUUUUACGCAGCUUUUGACAAACAUUCAGAUGACAUUGACUUUCCAUUCACCGAAGCUUUUAAGAGUUGGGAAAAUCAGAAAGGUUUUCCAUUGGUUCAUGUCACAACAGAUGACUCCACUGAAUCAUUUACUAUCACGCAAAAGAAAUAUUUGGCAGUGACAGAAGUUGAAGAUGAAACGGAUGAAAGCAAUUGGUACAUUCCGUUAAACUUUGCAACCGAAUCAAAUCCAAACUUUGAUGACACAACAAUCUCAGAUGUCUUUAUGAUUAAUCAACCAUCUUUGUCGAUUUCAUAUCCAACUCUCUUUAAUGGCAAUCAAUGGUACGUCUUCAAUAAACAACAACUUGGUUAUUAUCGUGUAAAUUACGAUGAGAAAAAUUGGAGAGCACUCAUCAAUGUCUUGCACAGCGACAAUUUUGAGAAAAUUCAUGUUUCAAAUCGAGCACAACUUGUUGACGACUCUCUAAGUCUUGCCUUCGAUGGUUACCUCGAUUAUAAAAUUGCCUUAGACGUUUUAUCGUACCUGAGUCGAGAAACUGAUUACAUCCCAUGGCGUGCGGCUAUUAUAAACUUAGAUAAACUUGAUUACAUUUUGUUUGAACAACAAGCUUAUCCGCAAUACAAAUCUUUCGUCACUAAAUUAGCCAGACAAAUGUAUAUGACUCUUGGAUUAGAGGAACGUGCUGGUGAUAACAUGAUUGAUAAAUUUGGCCGAGAACUGGCGAUUGAUUGGACUUGUCGAAUGGGCGAUGAAGCAUGUUUAGCUGACACGUGGAUGCAUCUUAAACGAUCUUUAACUGAAGAUUAUGUGAUUCCAGAUUCCCUCGAGAUUUCCUUCAUUUGUCAUGGGUUGAAAGGAAUGAACAAACAAGAAGAAUACAUUCAACUAUGGACGAGAAUGCAAAACUCAAACGAUCAAGCAGAAAGAAUUCGAAUUAUUGAUGGUUUGUUAUGUGCAACUGAUCCAAUAUCUCUCAGGAGUUUGCUUGAAACAACACUUAUUAAUAGUGCUGAGACAAAUUACCGAGAUCAUGAAAGAACGAGAAUUGUCAACAACGCCAUCACAAGAAGUUCCAUUGGGUUGUCUGUAAUGAUUGACUUUAUGGGAGAAUUUUACGAUGAAUACACAGCGAUGUUUGGAAGUGCAAAUUCGAUCCUUCUUUCAAUCUCUCAACGUGUCUUCCAUCCAGACCAUCAAACAAGCUUCAACCAGCUUUUGACUUCUCUUAAUGGUAAAUUAAGCGAAUCAACAAUUGAGUCUGCUUUGAAAAACUUGGAAAACAAUAACAUUUGGAUGGAAUCAAAUAAGUUUCAAGAAAUUGUUAAUUUUGUUGUGGCAGUUGCUAAUGAAGAGAAUCCUCUUAUAUUACCAACAACUUCUGAGCCCAGUCAUUACAAAAUUCAUCUUGAUGUGAGAAAUAUUCCACUUGGAAGUCGAGCAUAUUCAGGAGAAGUUGAAAUUGAUACUGAAGUGAAAGAACCAACUGACAAAAUUACGAUUCACUCAACGAACCAAGUCAUUACUGAACUCAAAGCAUUUACCAAAAGUGAUAUGGUGGAGAUUCCAAUUCUCGAUCAUAGUUUAAAUCCAGAAGCUGAAACACUCACGAUUUCCUUCGCAGAUCAAUUUGAAGUUGGUUCAAAUAUUCUUAUUCACAUUAAAUACGAGACUGAACUUUUGACAAAUGGCAAUGGUUUCUAUCAAACAUCAUACCAAGCUGAUGGUGUCACUAAAUGGGUUGGGUCGACACAAUUUGAAUCGGUCGAAGCUCGCUUUGCUUUCCCGCAUUACGAUGAACCAAAGUACAAGGCAGUAUUUGAUUUGUCGAUAACUCAUGACGCUAGCCAGAAUGCCAUCGCAAAUACAUUCGGAACUCCAGUUAAUAAUGCCGAUGGAACCAUCACAACAACUUUCGAACCAUCACCAAUCAUGUCUUCAUAUCUUCUCGCAUUUGUUAUCUCUGAUCUCGAACACAUUUCGAACGAAGAAACGAAAUUACCUGAUGAGACGUUGCAUCGAAUUUGGGUUCGUCCUGGAGAAACAUCAAAAGCUAAUUUAGCGUUAGAAGCUUCAAUUACUGCUUUGAAAGCUUUGGAAGAAUAUGUUGGAUUUAAAUAUGAAUUACCGAAGGUUGACUCUGCUGGUGUGCCCAACAAAGGUGGUGCAAUGGAGAACUGGGGAAUGGUCAUUUAUAGAGAAAACGCAAUGAUUUAUGAAGAGAACUACAAAGACAUUUCACAUACUCAAAAGCUUUCAGGAGUUAACGUGAUUUCCCAUGAACUUGCACAUCAAUUCUUUGGUAAUGCAGUAACAUGCGAAUGGUGGGACUACAUUUGGUUGAAUGAAGGCUUCGCUACACUUUUCCAAUACCACUUAACUGGAAUGGUUCAUCCUGAUUGGAACAUGAAAGAACUUUACAAUAUUUUAUCACUUCAAAGUGCUUUCAGAAGCGAUGCAAACGUGAACACUCGUGCGAUGACGCCAGUGCCGUCUCUUCUAACUCGCAAUGAAAUUGAUUCUGCUUUCAGUUAUGUAGCUUAUGCUAAAGCUGGCACUGUGCUUCGAAUGUUCCAAUAUGCAGUCGGUGAAGAAAUCUUCAGAGAAGCUUUGAAAGUUUACCUUGAAACGAAUGAUCACAAACCAGUCAAGCCACAAGAUUUAUACGAUGCAUUCGAGACUGUAAUGAAUGAUAAAUCAUUCAAUGAUUUCAAUUUUGGAGAAGCUUUCAGCACUUGGGAAUUAAACAGAGGAUAUCCGAUCAUUCACGUUAGUCACACAGAAGGUGGACAAUUUGAAAUUACGCAACAUCGUUAUGUGACUAACAAGGCAGAUGUUGGAAGUGACACAAGCAGCUGGUAUAUCCCAUUGAACUUUGCCACAGCUUCUAAUCCCAACUUCGAAGACACAAGCAUCACAAAUUAUUUCCUGAACAAUCAAGAUCUACUGUCGAUUGAUGUUCCAACACCUUUCGCUGAAAAUGAUUGGUUCGUUUUUAAUAAACAACAAUUGGGUUACUAUCGAGUGAAUUAUGAUGAAGAAAAUUGGCAUUCAUUGAUUCAUGCCUUAAACAGCAAAAACUUUGAGAAUAUUCACGUUUUGAAUCGUGCACAAAUUCUUGAUGAUGCCAUUAAUUUAGCUGCUGGCGAUUAUCUCAGCUACAAUACUGCUUUCUAUCUCAUGCAAUAUUUGAGUCGUGAGACGAUGUAUGCACCUUGGUACGAUGCAGACCGAUUCAUAACUCAACUUUAUUCAGCCUUUGGUCCAUUCAAUGAUGAAUUAAAUCUUUUUGUUCGUCAACUUUCUGAUAAAUUUUACAAUCACUUCAAACUUCCUGAAGGUGAAAAUAUUCAAUUUGAAGAGCUUUACGAACGUUAUAGUCAUGCACUUGCUUUUAAACUUGCAUGCAAUGCCGGAAAUGAAGAUUGUCUCAAAGACACAUUCUUUGUUGUUAAAGAAUUUGUAACUAAUGAAGUGCCGGUCCCAAAAGGAUUAGAAAGCGUCAUUUAUUGCAAUGGUUUACGUGGAGUUGAUAAAAAAGAUGAAUGGGUUGGCAUGUGGAAUAAGUUACUCGAAUCAUCAGAUUCAACAUUCAGAUCGCAAGCAAUCAGUGCUUUGGGUUGCAGUGAUGAUUCAGCUCUUCUUAAAGAUUAUUUGGAUUCAUCGCUUGGAGAUGGCAACAAUGUCAAUUACAGUACAAGUGAACGUAGAAAUGUUAUCACUGGCGUGCUUAACAGCAAAGUUGGACUUCAGGCUGUUAUUAACUUCUUUAAGGAUAAUGAAAAUCAGAUUGUGCUUAGUCUUGGAUAUGGAUCACUUGAAACAUUAGUCACUGUGGUCGCACAAACUCUCAGAACACCAACUCAACAAACACUUUUCAAUAAUUAUCUUGAUACUUUGACAAAUCUCGACACUGAAGCAUUAAAUCGUGUCAAAAGUAUUAUUGAAAGAAACUUGUCAAAUCAGCAACAAAAACCAUACGCUUCAUUCACAAGCUUCCUUUCGGAAAUAACAGAGAAUCGAUGGAUCCUUCCAAAGUUCGCCGUUCCAAAUAGAUAUAAACUUCAUAUUGAUGCCAGAAGUAUUCCAACUGGCUCGAGAGAUUUCUCUGGUGAAAUUGAAAUCGAUGCUACAAUCAAAGAAGAAACUGAUCGUCUUAUCAUUCAUUCGAGAGAGCAAAUGAUUGAAGAAAUAAAAGUUACACACAAAAAUGAUUUGACUGACAUUGAAGUUCUUGGACAUCAAUUGAAUGCACCAACAUACACUCUCGGAAUUUAUUUCAUGGACUUUUUGGAGCCUGAAACUGAAAUUUUAAUCAAUAUCAAAUAUUCUGCUGUCAUGCAAACAUCUCAAACAAGUUAUGGCUUCCAUCAAGGUUUCUACACAUUCAAUGGUGAGACGAGAUAUUUGGGAGUGACUCAAUUUGAAUCUUCGUUGGGUAGUCGCUUUGCUUUCCCUCACUUUGACGAGCCAAGAUAUAAAGCUGUGUUUGAACUCACUUUGACUCAUGAUUCUUCGCAAAAGGCAAUUUCAAAUACUUUCGGAGCUCAAAGGGAGAAUGCCGAUGGAACCAGCACAACAACUUUCGAUGAAACUCCAAUCAUGUCUUCAUAUCUUCUCGCAUUUGUCAUAUCUGACUUCGAAUACAUUUCAAAUGAAGCAACAAAAUUGCCAGACGAAACUUUGCAUCGAAUUUGGGUUCGUCCAGGACAAACAUCGAAAGCUUGGUUUGCAUUAGAAAGCUCAGCAGCUUCAUUAAAAGCUUUGGAAGAUUACUGCGAUUUCAAAUUCGAGCUUCCAAAAGUUGAUUCAGCUGCAAUUCCUAACAAAGGCAGUGCAAUGGAAAAUUGGGGAAUGAUCACAUAUUGGGAAACUGCAAUGAUCUAUCAAGAAGAGUAUGAAGACAUCGCUCACAACUACAGACUUAGUGGUGUCAACGUAAUUUCUCAUGAACUUGGACAUCAAUUCUUUGGUGACGUUGCAACAUUUGAAUGGUGGGAUUAUCUUUGGAUGAGUGAAGGGUUCGCUACAUUCUUUGAAUAUCAAGUCACUGGCAUUUUGCAUCCUGAAUGGCGCAUGAGAGACUUCUUCAAUAUAAGAGAAUUGCAAAACGCUCUUCGUGUUGAUGCCAGAACCACAACAAGAUCUAUGACAACAUCAUUAGAAACUCCAACUGAAAUUCGAGCAUCUUUUGACAGCAUUGCUUAUGAUAAAUCUGGAACCGUCAUUAGAAUGUUUGAGAAUGCAGUUGGUGAAGAUAUCUUCAAAGCAACAAUGAAACUUUAUCUCGAAACAAACAAUCGCAAGUCAGUUGUAUCGCAAAACUUGGUUGACGCAUUUGAAACAGUGAUGGAAGAACAAGGAUUCAAUGACUUCGAAUUUGACCCAGCUUUUAGAUCAUGGGAGACUCAAAAGGGUUAUCCAAUGAUUUCCGUCUCUCUCUCAUCUUCGAGACAGUUUGAAAUCACUCAGAAAAGAUUCUUCACUAAUAUCAAUGAUGUUGUAUCAGACACCAGCAGUUGGUACAUUCCAUUGAACUUCGCCACAGCUUCCGACCCAAACUUUGAUGACACAAAAUUCACAAGUUAUUCACCUGCUUCUCAAGAUGUCUUCAUGAUUGACGCCCCCGCACAAUUUGACGGUAGUCAGUGGUACGUGUUCAACAAACAACAACUUGGAUAUUAUCGUGUCAUGUAUGACUUCAACAAUUAUCACGCGUUAAUCGCAGCUUUGAAUAGCGCCGAUUUUGAUAAAAUUCAUCGACUUAAUCGCGCUCAGAUUCUCGACGAUGCCAUCAACUUUGCUCAAGGUGGUUAUUUGGACUACAGCGUUGUGUUUGGAAUUAUGGAAUAUUUGAGUCGUGAGACUGAAUACGCUCCAUGGUUUGAUGCUGAUCGAUUCAUCACAACACUCUACACAGUUUUUGGACCAUUCAACGCUGAUCUGAACGUUUUCAUGAGACAUUUGUCGAGUCAAUUUUAUGAUGAGUUUAAAUUAACAGAUGAUUCAGUGAUACCUGAAGAAGAAGUUUAUGAACGUUACAGUCGAGAAUUAGCAACAAAACUUGCAUGCAAUGCUAGAAACGAACUUUGUUUGAGAGNGAUAGUCGGAAGGUCCAUGGAUAGUCGGAAGGUUUUCAUGAGACAUUUGUCGAGUCAAUUUUAUGAUGGGUUUAAAUUACCAGAUGAUUCAGUGAUACCAGAAGAAGAAGUUUAUGAACGUUACAGUCGAGAAUUAGCAACAAAACUUGCAUGCAAUGCUAGAAACGAACUUUGUUUGAGAGACACUUUUGUAUUGAAUCAUGAUUAUGCUGAGCAAGAUCGUCCGAUCCCUAAGGGACUUGAGAAUGUCAUCUUCUGUAAUGGCCUUAGGGGAACAGGAAAACAAGGAGAGUGGACUGGAAUGUGGAACAUCAUGCAGAGCACUUCAGACACAACAUUGAAGGCUCAACUUCUCUCUGCUUUAGGUUGCAGUGACGAUCCGAUCGUUCUUAAAGAUUACUUGGAGUCAACUUUGGGAGCAGCAAACAGCGUCAAUUACACUGCAGCUGAGAGAAGAAAUGUCUUGAGUGCCGUUCUCAACAGCGACUCGGGUCUUCAAGCUGUCAUUGAUUUCUUGACAGAAUUUGGAAGUAGCGUUGUUGGUAACUUCGGUUAUGGCACAUGGGAAGCAAUGAUUACCGUUCUAGCAAGAACAAUAAAGGUGCAAAAUCAUCAAACAAUUUUCAAUAACUACUUGCAAACAGUCACACAACUUGACGAUGCAGCCAGAGGUCGAAUCAACACAAUUGUUGCAACAAACUUUGAACUUCAACAGCAAUCACCAUACGCAGAGUUUGCAGCUCUUCUUUCCAAGAGAAGCGAGAAUCAAUUGAGAUUACCAGAGACAUCGGAACCAACUUACUAUAAAAUUCAUCUUGACGCCAGACGAAUCCCAAGUGGUGAAAGAUUAUUUGAAGGCGAAGUUACAAUUGAUGUUCAUGUUAAACAAAUAACUGACAAUAUCAUGAUUCAUUCGAGAGAACAAACUAUUGAAGAAAUUAAAGUUCAUAACAAAAAUGACAUGACUGAAAUUCAAGUUCUGGACUUCCAACUUUACCCAGCAACUGAUACAUUAACGAUUUACUUCAUGAAUGUUUUAUUACCGAACACUGAAAUUGUCAUCGACAUCAAGUACACAACGAUGCUUCAAUUAACUGGAAUAGGUUUCUAUCAAACAUCAUACCAAGCUGAUGGUGUCACUAAAUGGUUAGGAGCGACACAAUUCGAACCAGCAAGAGCUCGCUACGCUUUUCCCAAUUAUGAUGAGCCAGGAUAUAAAACACAAUUUGAGUUGUCGAUCACUCACGACGCUGGUCAACAAGCAAUCGCAAAUACAUUCGGAACUUCAGUUAAUAAUGUCGAUGGAACCAUCACAACAACUUUCGAACCAUCACCAAUCAUGUCUUCAUAUCUUCUCGCAUUUGUUGUCUCUGAUCUCGAACAGAUUUCGAAUGAAGAUACAAAAAUGCCUGAUGAGACAUUGCAUCGAAUUUGGGUUCGUCCUGGAGAAACAUUAAAAGCCUGGUAUGCUUUAGAAGCUUCAAUUGAUUCAUUGAAAGCUUUGGAAGAAUAUGUUGGAUUUAAGUAUGAAUUACCGAAGGUUGAUUCAGCUGGAAUUCCUAACAAAGGUGGUGCAAUGGAGAACUGGGGCAUGAUUACUUAUAGAGAGAACGCAAUGAUUUAUGAAGAGAAACUGGAAGACAUUCCACACGCUCAGAAAUAUAGCGGAGUUAAUGUUAUUGGUCAUGAACUUGCACAUCAAUUCUUUGGUAAUCUGGUGACAUGCGAAUGGUGGGACUACAUUUGGUUGAAUGAAGGUUUUGCUACGCUUUUUGAAUUUACAUUGAUGGAGAUGACACAACCUGAUUGGCGUGUUAGAGAAUUAUUCAAUACGAGAAAUCUUCAAUUCUCUAUGCGAGCUGAUGAUAAGAUAAAUACACGAGCGAUGACACCAACGCCUUCAGUGAUGACACCAGCACAAAUUUCAUCAGUUUUCGAUGAUAUUGCAUAUUAUAAAUCUGGCACUGUGCUUCGAAUGUUCCAAAAUGCUGUUGGCGAAGAAAUCUUCAAAGCGGCUUUGAAACUUUAUCUUGAAGCGAAUGACCACAAGCCAGUGACGUCUCAACAUUUGGUCGACGCAUUUGCAACAAUUAUGAGUCAACGCGCAUUCACCGAUUUCGAUUUCGAUAGUGUUAUGAGAUCAUGGGAACUUCAAGCUGGUUAUCCGAUGAUUUCCGUCUCUUUCUCAUCUUCGGGACAAUUUGAAAUCACUCAGAAGAGAUUCUUCACUAACAUCAAUGAUGCUGUAUCAGACACCAGUAGUUGGCACAUUCCAUUGAACUUCGCCACAGCUUCCGACCCCAACUUUGAUGACACAAAGUUCACAAGUUAUUCCCCAGCUUCUCAAGAUGUCUUCAUGAUUGACGCCCCCACACAAUUCGACGGUAGUCAGUGGUACGUGUUCAACAAACAACAACUUGGAUAUUAUCGUGUCAUGUACGACUUCAACAACUGGCACAAUCUCAUUGUCGCUUUAAAUACCGACGAAUUUGAGAAGAUUCACGUUCUCAAUCGAGUGCAGUUAAUUGACGAUGCCGUGAACUUUGCGCAAGGCGGUUAUUUGGACUACAGCGUCUUGUAUGGCUUAUUGGGUUACUUGGAACGCGAGACUGAAUACACUCCGUGGUAUGCUGCAGAAAGAUUCAUCAACACACUUUACACAACUUUUGGUCCAUUGAACGAUGACUUAAAUAUGUUUGUUCGAUAUCUCUCAGAGACACUUUACGAGAAGUUCAAACUUCCAGAAGACAGUCAAAUACCGCAAGAAGAAGUUUAUGAACGCUACAAUCGCGAGAUUGCUUUGAGAAUCGCUUGUAAUGCUGGAAAUGAACUUUGUUUGAGAGACACAUUUGUGUUGAAUCAAGCUUAUGCUGAGCAAGAUCGUCCGAUCCCUAAGGGACUUGAGAAUGUCAUUUUCUGCAGUGGAUUGCGUGGAACAGGAAAACAAGGAGAGUGGACUGGAAUGUGGAACAUCAUGCAAAGCACUUCAGACACAACAUUGAAGGCUCAACUUCUCUCUGCUUUAGGUUGCAGUGACGAUCCGAUCGUUCUUAAAGAUUACUUGGAGUCAACUUUGGGAUCUGGAAACAGCGUCAAUUAUACGUUGACGGAGAGAAGAAAUGUCUUGAGUGCUGUUCUCAAUAGUCAUUCGGGUCUUGAAGCUGUCAUCAACUUUAUGGUCGACUUUGAACUUGAAAUUAUCAGAAACUUUGCUUAUGGCACUUUAGAAACCAUGAUCAGUGUUCCAGCAAGAACAGUCAAAACACAAGAACAGAGAACAAUGUUCAACAGCUUCCUUGCCACUUUAACUCAUCUUGAGGGUGCUGCUUUAGAUCGCGUUAAUGCAAUUAUCACUAACAAUUUCGAUGCACAACAACAGCCUCAAAAUGUUGCAAACAUGGAAACAAUUCGUAAAAUUGUUGUAGCUAAUCAAGAGACAACAACUCCUAUCACAGCAUCGCCAACUUCCACUACUACAUCUGCACCAGUUACUGAUCCAGCAAGUACAGAAACUACACCAUCAGGUACUUCACCAGCACCAGCAGAAACAACCACAGAAAGUUUAGUCUUAAACGUUCGGGUUAAAAUAAUGUGGAAAAGACGUGCAGUGGUUUUAUUGCUUUUCUUAUCAGCUGCCACGGCGGCACCAGCUCCUUUUGCUGAUGAAGACUCUUGGAGACUUCCUGGAACGUCAAAACCUUUAACUUAUGAAUUAGAACUAACAACAAAUGUUCACACUGGAACUCGAUAUUUUGAAGGAUUUGUUAGAAUAGAAAUAGAAAUUAUUGAAGAAACUAACGUCAUCACGUUACAUAAUCACCAAUUGAGAAUUGAAAACCUUGAAUUGUUAAGAAAUAAUGGUGCGGUUGUAAGCGUUGUAUAUUCUCAAGAAACCGAGAAAGACUUUCUACAUAUUGAGAGUUCAGAAGUUCUUGAAAAUGGUGCAAAACUAUAUUUGGAAAUAAAUUUCAAUGGCAAUUUACAGCUUGGAACAGUUGGAUUUUAUAGAUCAUCUUAUGUUGUUGAAGGACAAACAAGGUAUUUAGCUACAACUCAAUUUGAAGCAACAGAAGCACGUUCCGCAUUCAUUUGUUAUGAUGAACCUGAAUAUAAAGCAGAAUUCACAUUGACCAUCAAUCAUGGAAGUGUUUAUCAUGCAAUAUCAAACAUGAAAGGGGUUGAAGUGGAUAAUGGAGAUGGAACGAAGACAACCACAUUUGAGAAAACACCACGAAUGCCGUCGUAUCUUUUAGCAUUUGUCAUCUCAGAUCUUGAUUAUAUCACAAAUGAAAACCAAAUUACUUCAAGAGAUAUCGCUCAAAGAGUUUAUGCUCGAGCUGAAGAUGUGGAUAAAACACAAUAUGCUUUAAAAAAUUCCGUUGAAUUACUAGAUGCACUUGAAGAAUAUGUCACUGGUUUUGAAUAUCCAUUUGAAAUUAGGAAAGUUUAUUCAGUCGCAGUUCCUGAUUUCGGUUUAGGAGCAAUGGAAAACUGGGGAUUAAUCACUUAUAAAGAACAAUAUUUGAUUGGAGAUGAAAAUUCUCAUCCAAGAGAUGUUUCACAAAUUCUUAAAACAAUUGCACAUGAACUUGGACAUCAAUUCUUUGGCAACGCCGUAACAUGUAAAUGGUGGGAUCAGAUUUGGUUAAAUGAAGGAUUUGCAACUUUUCUGGAAUAUAAAUUGGUUGACUUAGUUUACCCUUCCAUACGAAUGGAUCACUUAUUUGUCGUCGAGAAGCUCCAUAAUGCUAUGAGAGUUGACGCUUACGAAUCGACUCGUCCAAUGUGGUUCAAUGUAGAGACACCAGCUGAAAUUAGUGCUGCAUUCGAUCGCAUUGCUUAUGACAAAUCCGGUUCUGUUAUCAGAAUGUUCGGUAAUACUCUCGGUGAAGAAGUUUUUCAAAAGGCAAUGGGGGUUUACCUGAUUAAUAAUAAUUUUGGAUCGGUUACGUCUGAUGAUUUAUAUGAAGCUUUUGAAAGCGUAAUUGCGGAAAAUGGCCCGAUGGGCUUUUCAUUUACUGAUGCUUUCAAAACUUGGGAAGUUCAAAAAGGUUUCCCAAUUGUUCAUGUUACAGCAGAUGAUUCUUUACGGUCAUUUGUUCUUACACAACAACGAUAUUUAGCAGCAAAUGAAGAGAGAAUUGAGAAUGAUGAGAGAAGUUGGUACAUUCCGUUAAGCUUCACAACCAGCGUCAAUCCUAAUUUCAAUGAUAAAACUUUCACUCAUUACUUUGUCAAUGGACAAUCAUCUUAUUCAAUUCCUUACCCAGAAAUGAUGACAUCAAACGAUUGGUACAUUUUCAACACACAACAAAUGGGUUAUUAUCGAGUGAAUUAUGAUCAACGAAAUUGGCAAGAACUGACAAACGCACUUCAUACAGAUAACUUUGGAAACAUUCAUGUCUUAUCACGAACACAACUUGUUGAUGAUUCAUUAAAUUUUGCUGUUGACGGAUAUUUAGAUUUCUCAACAGCAUUCAGUUUGUUAUCAUAUCUGGAAAAAGAAGUCGAUUAUAUUCCGUGGCAAGCUGCUUCUGUAAGUUUAGACCGAAUUGAUUAUCUUUUACAAGGACAACCAAUUCAAGUACACUUCAGACGAUUUGUCAAACGAUUGAUUAGAAGAAUGUAUGUCACUUAUGGAAUGAAUGAAAGAUCUAGCGAUGGAUUGAUGGAGAAAUUCGCUCGCGAGCUUGCAAUAAAUUGGUCAUGUCGAAUGGGAGAUGUUGACUGUUUAUUAAUGACUGAUCAAUAUGUAAAGCAAGCACUUAAUGGCGAGAUCGUCAUUCCAGAUUCUUUAGAAGUUUCUUUCCUUUGCUAUGGAUUGAUGGGAUUAGACAAACAAAAUGAAUACGUCGAAUGGUGGACAGAAAUGCAAAAUUCUAAUGAUCAAGCAAGACGACUACGAAUCAUCGAUGGAUUAUUAUGUUCAUCAGAUUCACACUCUUUAAUGUCACUUCUUGAAACGACACUUGUGUCAAGCUCUGAGACAAACUAUCGAAUGCAUGAAAGAACGAGAAUUGUCAAUGCUGCAGCUAGUAGAAGUCCAAUUGGUGUUGCAACAAUGCUUGAAUUCUUAACAGAAUAUUUUGAUGAAUACGUUAGCAUGUUUGGAUCGCCAGACUCUCUAAUUUUGUCAAUUUCCCAGCGUAUUGUUACUUUUGAUGAUGAAGAAAAAUUAAUCGCAUUAUUCGAAAUGGUUGGUGAGAAAUUGAAUUCAGAUACGAUCACAACUGCAAUGAAGAACGUCGAUGGAAAUAAAGAAUUUAUUGCUUCAUCUAAAUUUUCCGAUAUUGUAACAUUCGUGAGUGAAUAUAUUCAAGAACUUGAUGAUGCAGAAGAUCAAUUACGACUUCCAUUGACAUCUGAACCAAUUAAUCACAAAUUACAUCUUGACUCGAGAGAACUUGCGUCUGGUUCACGAGCAUUUACUGGAGAACUUGACAUGGACAUAAGAAUAACACAAACGACUGAUAAAAUCAUUUUCCACUCAAAAACGCAUGAGAUUCAUGAAAUAAAACUUUUCAAUACUUUCACAUCGGAAGAGGUUCAAUAUCUUGAGUGGAGUUUACAUCCAGCAACUGACACAUUGACGAUUUAUUUCUUCGAAAAUUUAGUCGUAAACCUUCAAUUGACAGUACAUAUCAAAUACUCCGCGAUAAUGCCAACUUCAACUGGUUAUUAUAUGACAUCUUAUACAUUAGACGGAAGAACGAGAUAUGUCGGGGCAACACAAUUCCAGUCAACGAGCGCUCGUUACGCUUUCCCACAUUACGAUGAACCAGGAUUUAAAGCAGUGUUCGAGUUGUCGAUAACUCACGAUCCAAGUCAACAUGCAAUCGCAAAUACAUUCGGAACUUCAGUUGAUAAUGCUGAUGGAACCAUCACAACAACUUUCGAACCAUCACCAAUCAUGUCUUCAUAUCUUCUCGCAUUUGUUGUCUCUGAUCUCGAACACAUUUCGAACGAAGAAACGAAAUUGCCUGAUGAGACAUUGCAUCGAAUUUGGGUUCGUCCUGAUUCGACUUCAAAAGCUUGGCUUGCGUUAGAAGCUUCAAUUGAUGCUUUGAAAGCUUUGGAAGAUUAUGUUGGAUUUAAGUAUGAAUUACCGAAGGUUGAUUCUGCUGGAGUGCCCAACAAAGGUGGUGCAAUGGAGAACUGGGGAAUGGUCAUUUACAGAGAGAAUGCAAUGAUUUAUGAAGAGAAACCGGAAGACAUCCCACACGCACAGAAAUUCAGUGGAAUUGACGUCAUUGGUCAUGAACUUGCACAUCAAUUCUUUGGCAAUACAGUGACAUGCGAAUGGUGGGACUACAUCUGGUUGAAUGAAGGCUUCGCUACCCUUUUCCAAUAUCAGUUGAGUGGAAUUGUUCAUCCCGACUGGAAUAUAAGAGAUUUCUUCAACGUCAGAACACUUCAGAGCGCUUUCAGAACUGGAACUGUUUUAAGAAUGUUCCAAAAUGCUGUUGGUGAAGCAAUCUUCAAAGCAGCUUUGAAACUUUAUCUUGAAACAUAUGAUCACAAACCGGUAAACUCUCAAAAUUUAAUCGACUCGUUCCAAAAUGUGAUGAACAUUCGUGAUUUUGAUGACUUUAACUUUGAAACUGUAUUUAGAACAUGGGAAUUGAAUGGCGGUUAUCCAAUGAUUUCCGUCUCUUUCUCAUCUUCGGGACAAUUCGAAAUCACUCAGCAACGUUACACGACUAACAAACAAGAUAAUCCAGAAAGAAGCAGUUGGUACAUUCCAUUAAACUUCGCCACAGCUUCCGAUCUAGAUUUUGAUGACACAUCUUUCACAAACUACUUCCCAAGCAAUCAAGAUGUCUUCAUGAUUGACGCCCCCGCACAGUUCGACGGUAGUCAGUGGUACGUGUUCAACAAACAACAACUUGGAUAUUAUCGUGUCAUGUAUGACUUCAACAAUUAUCACGCGUUAAUCGCAGCUUUGAAUAGCGCCGAUUUUGAUAAAAUUCAUCGACUUAAUCGCGCUCAGAUUCUCGACGAUGCCAUCAACUUUGCUCAAGGUGGUUAUUUGGACUACAGCGUUGUGUUUGGAAUUAUGGAAUAUUUGAGUCGUGAGACUGAAUACGCUCCAUGGUUUGAUGCUGAUCGAUUCAUCACAACACUCUACACAGUUUUUGGACCAUUUAACGAAGAUCUGAACGCAUUCAUUCGUCAACUCACGUCAAAGUUCUACAACAGAUUUGCUGUUCCAGAUGACGGUAUGAUUCCUUACGAAGAAUUAUAUGAACGAUAUAGUCGUGAAUUGGCUUUGAAACUUGCUUGCAAUGGUAGGAGUGCACACUGUUUAGAAGGCACUUUCAACGUCGUUAAACAUUUAGCUGAUCAUGACAUGAAACUUCCGAGUGGAUUAGAAGUUGUCAUCUUCUGUAAUGGCCUUAGAGGAAGAAACAAACAAACUGAAUGGUCAGAAAUAUGGAAGAAGAUGCAAAGCACUUCAGACACAACAUUCAAAUCACGAGCAAUAACUGCUUUGGGUUGCAGUGACGAUCCGAUUGUUCUUAAAGAUUACUUGGAGUCAACUUUGGGAGCAGGAAACAGCGUCAAUUACACUGCAGCUGAGAGAAGAAAUGUCUUGAGUGCCGUUCUCAACAGCGACUCGGGUCUUCAAGCUGUCAUUGAUUUCUUGACAGAAUUUGGAAGUAGCGUUGUUGGUAACUUCGGUUAUGGCACAUGGGAAGCAAUGAUUACCGUUCUAGCAAGAACAAUAAAGGUGCAAAAUCAUCAAACAAUUUUCAAUAACUACUUGCAAACAGUCACACAACUUGACGAUGCAGCCAGAGGUCGAAUCAACACAAUUGUUGCAACAAACUUUGAACUUCAACAGCAAUCACCAUACGCAGAGUUUGCAGCUCUUCUUUCCAAGAGAAGCGAGAAUCAAUUGAGAUUACCAGAGACAUCGGAACCAACUUACUAUAAAAUUCAUCUUGACGUCAGGAACAUUCAUACAGGCGACCGGAACUUCAGAGGUGAAGUUGAAAUCGACAUUCGUGUUACACAAAUAACUGAUCGCGUCAUGAUUCACUCAAAAACACAAGUCAUUGAAGAAGUUAAAGCUUACAACAAAAACGACAUGAAUGAACUUGAGAUCAUCGAUUUUAAUCUUUACCCAGCAACUGACACAUUGACAGUUUACUUCAUGAAUGCUUUCGUACCAAAUGAUGAAUUGAUUUUAAGAAUUAAAUACACAACAGUGAUGCCAACAUCUGGCACGGGUUUUUAUCAGACAAAUUACAAUUUCAAUGGUGUGAGGUAUGUUGGGUCAACACAAUUCCAACCAACUGGAGCUCGCUACGCUUUUCCCAAUUAUGAUGAGCCAGGAUUUAAAACGCCAUUUGAGUUGACGAUAACUCACGACACAAGUGUUGGUGCAAUCGCAAAUACAUUCGGAACUUCCGUUAAUAAUGUCGAUGGAACCAUCACAACAACUUUCGAGCCAACACCAAUCAUGUCUUCAUAUCUUCUCGCAUUUGUUGUCUCUGACUUUGAAUACAUUUCGAACGAAGCAAUGAAACUGCCUGAAGAGACAUUGCAUCGAAUUUGGGUUCGUCCUAAUGCAAUUACAAGAGCUUGGUAUGCUUUAGAAGCUUCAAUUGAUGCAUUGAAAGCUUUGGAAGAAUAUGUCGGAUUUAAAUAUGAAUUACCGAAAGUUGAUUCAGCUGCAAUUCCUAACAAAAAUAGCGCAAUGGAGAACUGGGGAAUGGUGACAUAUUGGGAAACUGCAAUGAUCUAUCAAGAAAAGUAUGAAGACAUCGCUCACAAUUACAAACUUAGUGGUGUCAACGUCAUUUCUCAUGAACUUGCGCAUCAAUUCUUUGGUGAUACUGUCACAUGUCAAUGGUGGGACCAGAUUUGGUUAAAUGAAGGCUUUGCAACUAUGUUUGCAUAUCACAUCUCUGGAGUUCUUCAUCCUUAUUGGAACAUACGUCACUUCUUCAAUAUCAGAGAAUUGCACAAUGCGUUCAGAUCUGAUGCAAGAACUAUCACAAGGCCCAUGACAAACGACGUUGCGACUUUGUCACAAAUUUCAAACUCAUUUGAUACAAUUGCUUAUGAUAAAUCUGGAAGUAUACUUCGAAUGUUCCAAAAUGCUGUUGGCGAAGAAAUCUUCAAAGCGGCUUUGCAACUUUAUCUGGAAACGAAUGAUCACAAGCCAGUGACGUCUCAACAUUUGGUCGACGCAUUUGCCACAAUUAUGAGUCAACGCGCAUUCACCGAUUUCGAUUUCGAUAGUGUUAUGAGAUCUUGGGAACUUCAAGCUGGUUAUCCGAUGAUUUCCGUCUCUUACUCAUCUUCGAGACAGUUUGAAAUCACUCAGAAAAGAUUUUUCACUAACAUCAAUGAUGCUGUAUCAGACACCAGCAGUUGGCACAUUCCAUUGAACUUCGCCACAGCUUCGGACCCCAACUUUGAUGACACAAAGUUCACAAGUUAUUCUCCUGCUUCUCAAGAUGUCUUCAUGAUUGACGCCCCCGCACAAUUUGACGGCAGUCAGUGGUACGUGUUCAACAAACAACAACUUGGAUAUUAUCGUGUCAUGUACGACUUCAACAACUGGCACAAUCUCAUUGUCGCUUUAAAUAGCGAAGACUUUGAGAAGAUUCACGUUCUCAAUCGAGUGCAGUUAAUUGACGAUGCCGUGAACUUUGCGCAAGGCGGUUAUUUGGACUACAGCGUCUUGUAUGGCUUAUUGGGUUACUUGGAACGCGAGACUGAAUACACUCCGUGGUAUGCUGCAGAAAGAUUCAUCAACACACUUUACACAACUUUUGGUCCAUUGAACGAUGACUUAAAUAUGUUUGUUCGAUAUCUCUCAGAGACACUUUACGAGAAGUUCAAACUUCCAGAAGACAGUCAAAUACCGCAAGAAGAAGUUUAUGAACGCUACAAUCGCGAGAUUGCUUUGAGAAUCGCUUGUAAUGCUGGAAAUGAACUUUGUUUGAGAGACACAUUUGUGUUGAAUCAUCUCUAUGCUGAUCAUGAUCGUCAGAUUCCUAAGGGACUUGAGAAUGUCAUUUUCUGUAAUGGCCUUAGAGGAACAGGAAAACAAGGAGAGUGGACUGGAAUGUGGAACAUCAUGCAAAGCACUUCAGACACAACAUUGAAGGCUCAACUUCUCUCUGCUUUAGGUUGCAGUGACGAUCCGAUCGUUCUUAAAGAUUACUUGGAGUCAACUUUGGGAUCUGGAAACAGCGUCAAUUAUACGUUGACGGAGAGAAGAAAUGUCUUGAGUGCUGUUCUCAAUAGUCAUUCGGGUCUUGAAGCUGUCAUCAACUUUAUGGUCGACUUUGAACUUGAAAUUAUCAGAAACUUUGCUUAUGGAACUUUAGAAACCAUGAUCAAUGUUCCAGCAAGAAUAGUCAAAACACAAGAACAGAGAACAAUGUUCAACAACUUCCUUGCCACUUUGACUCAUCUUGAGGGUGCUGCUUUAGAUCGCGUCAAUGCGAUUAUCACUAACAAUUUCGUUGCACAACAACAGCCUCAAAAUGUUGCAAACAUGGAAACAAUUCGUAAAAUUGUUGUAGCUAAUCAAGGGACAACAACUCCUAUCACAGCAUCGCCAACUUCCACCACUACAUCUGCACCAGUUACUGAUCCAGCAAGUACAGAAACAACACCAUCAGGUACUUCACCAGUACCAGCAGAAACAACCACAGGCAGUGCGUCAGCAAUAAACUUUAAAUUAUUCACGCUGUUUGCAUGUCUUUUCAUCACAUUUACGCUGAAAAUGUAAACAUUUUUAAACAAUUUGUGUCUUGCAAAAAACGAUGAAAUAAACUUAUGUUAAUCUUA